UAACACACCUACCUACACAGCUCACAGGUAAGUUAGGUGGGCGGAGUUCUACAGAAAAUAUCAACGCAGCAGCAGGAGUGAUGGCGCUCCUCGGUUCGGUUCUUGUCCUCGUUCUGGUCGGUUCGUCUGUUUCCAGAACAUCAGGUCUGAUGAUCAAUGCUGGAUCUGGAGAGAACGUCACUCUGAGAUGUGAAGAUAAAAAUAUCAAUGGGAUGUUCCACUUAAAAUGGAUCAGACCAAACCUGCAAAGGGAUGAAAUUGUGUUUUUAUACUGGAAUGAUGAAGUUCCUCCUUUUCAGCAUGAAUCUUUCCAGAACCGAGUGUUUCUGAAGAACAGACAGAUGAAGGAUGGAGAUCUGUCUGUGGUUCUGAAGAAUGUCACCAUUAAUGACUCAGGGAUAUACGAUUGUAAAGUCAAACAAGUAAAAUAUCCACAAAAAGGAUGGAAGCUGAUCUCCACUGUCACUCUGUGGAUGUCAUCUCCUCCUCCUCCUCCUUCUUCUCCUCCUUCUUCUUCUCCUCCUCCUCCAGGAGAUGACGAUGGAGUCAAAGAAGGAGACAGUCGUGGUCGUCUUGGUCUGUUCACUGUGUCAGUUCUUCUUCUUGCUGUUCUUCUUCUUCUUCUUCUUCUUGUUCAUCUCCAGAUCUUCAAAGAGGAAAAAACUUCAAACCAAAGUUCCAACAAGCAUCAGAAUCCUGACCGUGAUCUUCUGAUCUCAGACUCUAAAGCAAAGAUAAAACCAUCAAACCCAGAACCUAAAGAUUGAAGUUCUUCAGAUCUCUUCUGAUCCUGAUCUGGAUCUUCUCAAACUCUAAAACAUUUCAGACUCAAAGUCCAAACAAGAAGUUCUUCAGAACCAGAGGUUUCUCAUGACAAACUCCAGAAACAUCUGGAAGAAGUCUGACAGAUGUUCAGAGAAGAUGAAGAGAGGAUGAAGAGAGGAAGACGAGGAUGAAGGACUUCCUGCGGUCUCUGAUCCAGAAGAGGUUCUGUUGGUUCUGGUUCUGAUCCAGAAGCAGCUGUCCAGUUUCCUCAGGAUCAGAAAACCUCCUUCCUGUUUCUGGAUGUUCUCUGAGUCCAACCAGCUCACUGGUCCUGUGGUGGAGCGUCUGACCUCAGACUGACAAGUUGAAUCAGAGACUCAUCAAUGACUCUCAGCAUGAAGGUGAUGAUCGGGUCUGAACCGCUGAACGGAUCCAGAGUGCAGCUGGUUCCACCAUCAAGAACUGGAUCUCAGAUUCAGUCAGACUGGACUAACUCAUCCAGAGUCUGGUUCUGAUGGAGGUUAGAGCUCUGCAGUCUGGAAGAAGUGGUGAGGGUCAGAACCGCUGAGCAUCAUGGGUAAUCGCUCUAUCAAACAGCAUCAGACAGUGACACCAUCCAUGAACUGUACUGUGUGUGUUUAUGUUUGUUUAGUGUUUAU